CGCAUGCGUGCUCAGAGGGGGCGGGGUUCCUUGGCCGGUGACCGGAGAGAAGGUACAGAUCCAAAGAGAGACAACAGAUGCCUUGUCUGGCCCUGUCUGGCCGUGAUAUCCGAAGCUGAGAUGGCGAGUGAAGUCGGUCCUGAGAGUGAAGAGGCGGCCUCCUCGCCCCGAGGAGGGUUUGGGGAAGGCCUGGCCCAGGCCCUGGAGGCUUCACUCCCCAGACUGUCCUGCCUAGACCUGGACAAGGACAUGGAGUUCAGAAGCGAGCUGAUCGAUGACAAGGAGUUUGAUAUUCCUCAGGUGGACACCCCUCCCACCCUAGAAAGCAUACUCAAUGAGACCGAUGAUGAAGACGAGUCCUUUGUUCUCGAGGAUCCCACUCUGUUAAAUAUCGACACUUUUGACACCCACUCCUAUGACACAUCGUCAGUGGCGAGCUCAGACAGUGGUGACCGAACCAAUCUGAAAAGGAAGAAGAAACUUCUUGACUCUUUUUCACUCCAUGGCUCAGUCAUGCGGCAUUCGCUUCUGAAGGGGAUCUCGGCGCAGAUUGUCUCAGCAGCUGACAAAGUUGACGCUGGUUUGCCCACUGCAAUAGCGGUGUCCAGUCUGAUUGCUGUGGGGACUUCUCAUGGAUUGGCCUUAAUCUUUGAUCAGAACCAAGCCCUGCGCCUCUGCCUGGGCAGCACCAGCGUCGGGGGACAGUACGGGGCCAUCUCUGCUCUCAGCAUCAACCACGACUGCUCCAGACUUCUCUGUGGCUUUGCCAAGGGCCAGAUGACCAUGUGGGACUUGGCCAGCGGAAAGCUCUUGAGAUCAAUAACAGAUGCUCACCCCCCAGGAACAGCCAUUCUGCACAUUAAGUUUACAGAUGACCCGACUCUCGCCGUCUGCAAUGACAGCGGAGGUUCUGUGUUUGAGCUGACAUUUAAGCGAGUGAUGGGAGUGAGAACCUGUGAAUCCCGGUGUCUGUUCAGUGGGUCCAAGGGCGAAGUUUGCUGUAUCGAGCCUCUUCAUUCCAAGGCCGAGCUCAAGGAUCACCCCAUCACCCAGUUUUCCUUACUGGCCAUGGCAUCCUUAACUAAAAUAUUGGUCAUUGGACUGAAACCGUCUCUGAAAGUGUGGAUGACUUUUCCCUAUGGACGGAUGGAUCCCUCCAGCGUUCCGCUGCUGGCCUGGCAUUUUGUGGCAGCCAAUAAUUAUGUGAACCCCACGCUGGCCUUUUGCAGAGGAGACGUCGUUCACUUUCUGUUGGUUAAAAGAGAUGAAUCAGGUGCCAUACAUGUCACUAAACAAAAGCAUCUGCACCUGUACUAUGAUCUCAUCAACUUCACUUGGAUCAAUUCUCGGACAGUCGUGCUCCUGGACAGUGUGGAGAAGCUGCAUGUGAUUGAUCGGCUGACGCAGGAGGAGCUUGAGACGGUGGAAAUUUCCGAGGUGCAGCUGGUCUACAACAGCAGCCACUUCAAGUCCCUGGCCACAGGAGGCAACGUCAGCCAGGCCCUGGCUCUUGUUGGAGAAAAAGCCUGUUAUCAGUCCAUCAGUAGUUAUGGCGGUCAAAUCUUUUAUUUAGGGACAAAAUCUGUUUACGUGAUGACGUUGAGGAACUGGAGAGAGAGAGUGGACCAUCUCCUGAAGCAGGAGUGUCUGACAGAGGCCCUGGCUCUCGCCUGGUCUUUCCAUGAAGGGAAGGCCAAAGCUGUCGUAGGCUUGUCGGGGGACGCAAGUAAACGGAAGGCUGUCGUUGCCGAUCGGAUGGUUGAAAUCCUCUUCCACUGUGCAGACCGAGCUUUGAAAAAAUGCCCAGACCAGGGUAAAAUCCAGGUGAUGGAGCAGCAUUUUCAGGACACGGUGCCCGUUGUCGUCGAUUACUGCCUUCGGCUGCAGCGCAGGGAUCUCUUAUUUAGCCAGAUGUAUGACAAAUUCAGUGAGAAUUCCGUGGCCAAGGGGGUCUUCUUGGAGUGCCUGGAGCCUUACAUUUUAAGUGACCAGCUGGUGGGAAUCACAGCCCAGGUGAUGAAGGAUUUGCUCAUUCACUUCCAAGAUAAAAAGCUGAUGGAAAAUGUGGAGGCCCUGAUUGUGCAUAUGGACAUCACCAGCCUGGACAUACAACAGGAUGCCUCUGGCUUGGUCACCACAUUCAGAUCCAGGGUCAUCUGCUCAUUUUUGCAGGUUGUUCUCAUGUGCUGGGAGAAUCGCCUCUAUGACGCCAUGAUCUAUGUCUACAACAGGGGCAUGAAUGAAUUCAUCAGUCCAAUGGAGAAACUUUUCAAGGUCAUUGCUCCUCCUCUGAGUGCAGGGAAGUCUCUGACAGAUGAGCAGGUUAUUAUGGGCAACAAGCUUCUGGUCUACAUAAGCUGCUGCCUGGCAGGUCGUGCUUAUCCCCUGGGGGACAUCCCCGAGGACCUGGUGCCCUUGGUUAAAAACCAGGUCUUUGAGUUUCUGAUCCGCCUGCAUUCUGCGGAGGCGUCCUCUGAGGAAGAGAUCUACCCUUAUAUCUGCACUUUGCUUCACUUUGACACCAGGGAAUUCCUGAACGUCCUUGCCCUGACUUUUGAAGAUUUUAAAAAUGACAAGCAGGCUCUGGAAUACCAGCAGCGGAUCGUGGACAUCUUGCUGAAGGUCAUGGUGGAAAAUUCAGAUUUUACUCCUUCCCAAGUCGGGUGUCUCUUCACCUUCCUCGCCCGACAGCUCGCCAAGCCCGACAAUACGCUCUUUGUGAACAGGACACUUUUUGACCAGGUCCUCGAGUUCCUCUGCAGCCCCGAUGACGACUCCCGGCACGCGGAGAGGCAACAGGUCCUCCUUGAAUUGCUCCAGGCUGGAGGGAUCGUGCAGUUUGAGGAGAGCCGGCUCAUCCGGAUGGCAGAGAGAGCUGAGUUCUACCAGAUUUGUGAGUUUAUGUAUGAACGAGAACACCAGUAUGACAGGAUUAUUGACUGCUACCUCCGGGACCCGCUGAGAGAGGAAGAGGUCUUUAACUACAUUCAUAACAUCUUGUCCAUUCCUGGGCACAGCCCGGAGGAGAAGCAGUCCGUGUGGCAGAAGGCCAUGCUGCACAUUGAGGAGCUCGUGUCUCUGAACCCUUGCAAGGCAGCAGAGCUGGUGGCCACCCACUUCUCCGGACAAGUUGAGGCCGUCAUUCACAAACUCCAGAAUCCAUUUUUGCUUUUCCAGUUUCUGAGGAGCCUGCUUGACCCGAGGGAAGGUAUUUCCAUGAACCAAGAGUUGCUCCAGGCAGCCCCUUGCAUCACGGAGCAGUUCAUUGAGUUGUUAUGUCAAUAUAACCCUCACCAAGUGAUUGACACUCUGCAAGUCCUUGAGUCCUACCGGCUUGAAGAGACCAUUCAGAUUACCCAGAAGUACCAGCUGCUUGAAGUGUGUGCCUACCUCUUAGAGAAGAAAGGGGAUGUUCACGGUGCUUUCCUAAUAAUGCUUGAGAGACUACAAAGCAGGCUCCAGGAGUUUACAAAGGAAAGUGAAAAUGUGAGAGAGGCUGCCUCAUUCAAGGAUGUGGAAGAGAUCUUGGUAGAGACAAUCGCCCUCUGCCAAAGGAAUUCACAGAGUUUAAACCAGCAACAGCGAGAGGCUCUCUGGUUUCCACUGUUGGAGGCGAUGAUGGCCCCUCAGAAGCUGUCCAGCUCGUCCGCUCCACCUCGACAUGCAGAAUCUCUGAAGUCUCUGACCAUGCAGGUGCUGAACAGCAUGGCGGCCUUCAUCGCUCUGCCAUCCAUCUUGCAGCGAAUCCUGCAAGAUCCAGUUUAUGGAAGAGGAAAACUUGGCGAGAUCCAAGGACUCAUCCUGGGAAUGUUGGACACCUUUAACUAUGAACAAACACUCCUGGAAACGACCACCAGCCUCCUGAACCACGACCUGCACUGGUCACUCUGUAACCUGAGGGCGUCGGUCACGCGAGGGUUAAACCCGAAGCAGGAUUACUGUUGCAUCUGCCUGCAGCAGUACAGGCGGCGCCAGGAGGUGGCCGACGACAUCAUUGUCUUCAGCUGUGGCCACCUCUAUCACUCCUUGUGCCUGCUCAACAAAGAGUGCGCCGUGGGCACGGGGAGCCAGGCCAGGUGGAUGUGCUAUCGGUGCAAUUCAAGCAACAAAAUAGGGAAGCUCGAUGAGAACGCCUCUGACGUGAAGAAAGGACAGCUCGCCCAGACGCAGGUGAAGAUGUCUCCUUCCUGCUCUUCACCCCGAGGAGAGUCUGCUGCCAAAAAGACCCUGUCAGAACCAGGACUGGAUCCCCAGCAGACCCAGGCUUUCGACCAGCUCUGCCGCCUUUACCGGGGAACCUCCAGGCUGGCGCUCCUAACUGAGCUCUCUCAGAACCAAAGCAGUGACAGUCAGCGGCUCCUGGGGGUGUCCAAGAGCAGCCCCGCCCUCCACAGCAUCUUCCAGAAUGAGAACUUCCAGCUGCACCUGACCCCUCCUCCAUUGACCGAGGACUGAGGAUGUCCGCGUCCUGGGCCACCGAGAAAGCGCCUCAAAGGAGCCCCAGCACCCCGUGACCUCCUGGUGGCUGUGAGGCCCAGGCCCUGCAGAGAUCACCCUCAUCCCUCCUGUGCUGGCUUUGGCUCACUGGUUCUGUCUGUUGUUGGUUUACUCACCGUCACACAUCUCCCGCUGCAUUCCUCGGAACCGAUGGAUCAGCACAGAGACUCCAGCUCCACAUGACGUUCUCCUUCUCUUGGUGGAGGGCAGCGGGGCCCCAGGAGCCCCAGAGUUCCCAUCGGAGAUUCCUGCUUCGGGUCUAGGAUGCAGCAUUGUGGGUCCUCGGGGCUGUCCGCCGACGAGACCCAGAACUGCCCCCGAGCCCAAGCCUUCAACAGGCGGGCGCGCGAGGGAGCGCCACGCAGAAAGAAAGCAGCCACUCCCCUGGGCACAUAUGUCACCCUGAAUGGGGUCCAAAGUACCAUGAAGAGGAGGGGGUGGCUGGCACAGCCUGCAAAGGUCAGGAGACACAAAACUGGCUCUCAUUGGGUUUCAGCCCCUCCGGCCCCGUCACAAUAAAUGUCCCUCUAACUCUGGGCA